AUGGAGGCUGGCAACCGGUUGCGCGGGCCCCUGAGGCGUCUCACCGGGUCCGUCGCCUUCACCAGCGCCCUGGCAUCUGCAUCAGCCGGACGAGCCGGCUCCUACCCCACCGGCUCCUCCCUCGCUGACUCCGAAGUUGGAGGUGGCGCAGCUGGGCCCGUCGGGCCGGUAGGGAUGGUAGACUCCGGUGGAGGCGGCGCUUCAUCUGAGCUCGCGUUAGGGACGACGACGUCGGGCACGGCCCUGCCGGCUCCAGCCGCGUCGGGCGCGGCCAUGCCAGCUCCGGCCGUAGGCCCUAUAGGCCGGCUGCGGCGCGGGAAUAUAUCGUCUAUGGAAGGCUGGCCGGCGCGGCGAGCCGGCUCACUCCGAGAGCCGGCCCCGGGGGCGUCUGGCGAAGGUGCAGCUGAAGAAAGCCCCACCCCCGCAGCAGGCGACGGGACGACUGGUGGCACGCGCGAACGCGCCGGAGACUACGGAGUCGGCUCCCUCCUGUGCCGCUGA